AUGGCGAGCCAGGAACAAAACAGCCUCGAGAGUGAGGACGGUAUAUCCUUACUGCAUGAGAAGAUACUGCAGCAAAACACUCUCUUCUCUCUGACCCAGCCAUUGCAACGACAAAACCAUGCUCCCAAUCCGAAUCAGCAGACACGCCCUCGCCACACUUCAAACACAAAGAUUCAGCGAAUGAAGCCUUCAUCCACUGCUCCUGCCGCCUCAGCCCCACCGGACAUGGACGAGAGAGACACAGACCAAGACAAUCACGUACCCUCGCUAGUCAAGCAUACAACAUUCCAUGGCUUCCCUCUCCCUAUCGAUCUUGAUGGCGACACGCAGCCAAUGCCCUCUCAAUUCUACAAAAACUUCACCAGCGGUCUUGGUUCCGAAGGAGACACGCAACUCGACGACGAAACCGCUCCAGACGCUGAACAAGAGACGCCGCAGAUUGACUUGAUGCAACAUUGGCCACAGCCUACUUAUCAAGAGCUAUCUAGUGACGAAGAGGAGGACAAAGACGAAGGUCAAUACUUCUUGAGCUCCGUCGCAAGACCUACUUUCCCAAAGACCCCUGCCACAGCUGGCCGCAAGCGCACUCACCGUGGAGAUGUUGUACCUUCUACUACAAGCACAAAGACUCCAGGCUCUGGUGCUAUGUCCGCCUUCGCUUUUGGCAAUGCUCCACUCCUGAACGGUACUCAGCUGUUCCAAGCAACACAAUCGCCCUCAAGUCCUAUCCCCAACGUCCCGAGAAGCGAUCCAGUGUUGAGUCGACCAAGCCCGAAUAUCAGACAGAGUUCGCCUGGACAGCAUCUAGCUUUCUCUCCGCCGCUGAAGGGCUUGGUACAGAGUCCUAUUCGGUCCGUCAAUCUGGCAGGCAGAUUGGGUCGCCCAAGUACAAGAGAUGGUCUUUUCCAAAACAAUGCUGCUAUCGCGAAUGGUCUGGAGGACCGAGGCGAAAACGAGUGGGAAUAUCAUGACCGCGAAGGAGUCAGCCUAGAUGAUCAUGUCCAGGACAGCCCGGCGAGCGGGUCUAUGGACGAGUACGAUGAGUUUGCCCAGUCAAUAAGAUUCAGUCAGCGACAGGCUUCAUCCUCGCCUCAACCUGACCAGUCAGACCAAGAAAACGAUCAAGUCGACUCUUCGAGUCGCACCUCGACUCACUCCAGUCAGCACAAUCCGAAUCUUGACAUGCUUCACGCCUCUGUCCCUUCUGGUCGAGAACAGAGCUCACAUCAACUUCCCACCACGCAGAUGCUGGGCCGAGAUGCUGGCACUAACGACUAUGCGGUUGCUGAUUCACAGCCUACGCGACAGGACGAGACCCAGCUGCCAUCACCUCUAGUGGAACCCUCAUCCAUGUCGUCUUUUGUGCCUGGCUCAUAUCCUAUGAGUCAAGCAAACCAGCGUCUGAACGUCUUGAAGCGCGAUGCUGCAGAGUCGUCGUCUAUCCCCAAGCCACCACCGUUGACUAGUCAAGUCGCCACACAGACGCAGAAUCGUCUACCGAGUAGUCCUCCUCAACUACCUGCUGUGCCUGGAGAAUUACAAGAGGAGGCUCUGAACAUUACAAGCGAAGCUCGAGAUGGUGAUAACCAUCCAGGUGCCUCGUCACCAUUGCCCGAUACACGACCUGCGCCUUCGCAAAGGACCAAGGAUCUGAGAGAAGACAAUAACAAGCAGAGCUCUACUGUCCCUGAUACCGAUCCGGCAGACGAGAUUAUAUCUUCCAACCGUCAUCAAGAUCCACCUGCUGAUGCAGCCGAUGAAACGCAGCCAGCUUCGAAGCCUGUCACACGCACUGAGAACGACGCCUCACCUGCUGUUUCUUCACUCCCGCAGUUUGAGAAGCUUCGUGCGAGUCAAUUGCAGUCUCAAAGUCAAGCUCAAAACUCAGUAUCGAGUACAGAGAGUCCUCGCAAAGCUGCUGGGAUCCUCGGCUUUGCAGACAUCGCCACAGACCCUACACCGCCUAGUGCUGGUGCCAGCAAGGACAUGGACCUAAGCAUCGAUAUACUGUCAAAUGACGAUCACGAUUUUAUGGAUAUCAUGACAUCGCCACCUGCAAAGAAAAUGCGCUUGUAUGGAAGGAAGGCACGAGGACUGCACAGGACGAGAUCGAAGGUGGACGACAAAAGCCCAGCUAAGCCUCAAGCUGCUGUUCAGAGUCCGGUCAAACCAGCCGCCAGGACAGUCAUGUUUCAGGAUGACAUUCCAUCCAAGGAACAGCAGGAAGUCACCGCUGAAGUUGCCAGCAAUGCUGCAGAUGUGUCUCGACAGACUAGACCUGUAGAAUUGACACAUACAGAGACUGCAAGUACCAUCGAUCCCAACUCACAACCACACGAGCCAGUCGAAACACCACAGGAGAACCUACCCAAGGCAACCCCAGAGUGCAUAACAAAUCAGAUCGCGACAAAUCUACCAGACAGAUCUGCCGACACUGAACAAGUCGAAGCGACGGUUGACGGAAGAAUGCAGGAGGUUUCGAAUUUGCGUCAUUUUACACCACUUCGCGAAAAGGACCAGUCUACUCCACCUUCUGCUAGGAGACGAGAGCAAGCUGGUGCAUCUGCGGUAAGAAAAGCACGCGAUACAAUGCUAGCUCCCAAGUCAGCCGAAGUGAAAACGCCUGUUGGUAAGGGCAGGCUUGUACGGCCAAAACGGAGAAACUCUGAACAGAGCCCUUUGCGAACUCCAAUCUUCAGAAGGCAAGAGGCUGUGAAAGCACCAAAGUCAAAGCUCUCGCACGCGCAGCGCCUCUCACCUAGCGAUAUUCCCCAACAGGAAAAGGUCAUCGCCCCAGCAGACUCUGUUAUUCAGGCAGGAAUUGCUCAAGGCAGUACAACUACCACGACUGAGCAGACAGACGUCGCCACCGAUGUGUCUAUGACCGAUGCCGCUUCUGAGCAGGACCAUGAUCGUGAUGAGAAUACUGAAACGACUGCCGAGGUCACUCGACCUGACAGAGUGUUGGCUUUGUUUAAAGGCACUGGACAAGCAUACUACCCAGCCACAUGUUUGGGAGCAGCAACUUUGGACGGACUCAAACUCCACAUUCGGUUCGACGAUGGCACAAUCACACAGCUUGACUCUUUCUUGGUUCGACGCCUUGAUCUGCGACGCGGUGAUCAAGUCAAGGUUGAUCUCCAGGGCAUGCGCAGCAAGGUCUACGUUGUCGUUGGCUUCCAGGACAAAGUCGAGGAUGUUGAGCCCGAAUCCUACCCAAAGACUGAUGUCCAUGGCUUCGACACAUUGCAACUGGUGGUUAAGGAUCGAGACAGUGUGUCGGCAUUACCGCGUACGUCGACUGUGCUCAAGGUGCCUGUUACUAGCGCGUACCUCACGCAAACUAUGUGGGUUCGCUUCGAGGGCAGAGACUACAUCUCCUCCACAGCGAGCAUGACAACUGUUGCUACUGGACGCUCAUCCCGACCGCAGACACCUGUACCUCAAAACACUACUCUUGCAACACCGGCCUCGAGAACUAGAAGAGGCACAGUGACUUCAAUACACACUUCGACAAUCGCUUCGGUGCGAUCCUUGGCACGUCCUGAGUUCGCCUCACCACUUCCAGCCGGUCGAGGUAUACUCUCUGGUAUGGCAUUCGCAGUGUCAUACAGCGCAGAUUCGCCCGAGAAGAACCGUGUCCUUGAAUACAUACAAACACAUGGUGGCCUGGUCCUAGACAAAGGCUUUGAUGAACUCUUCUCUGUGCGCGAUCUCGGAGAUGCUCCUGAAGAAGCACGUUCACCUUCUUCUUCAGCAACUAGUGAGAAUAAUGCCCUGAAAUUGUCAGCUCGCGCUCAAACUCUGGGCUUCGUCGCUCUGAUUGCAGACAGGCAUUCUCGCAGAGCCAAAUAUGUCCAAGCGCUCGCACUUUCUCUGCCGUGUCUUUCAGGCCGCUGGAUUCUCGACUCGGUCGCCUCAGGAGCACCACUACCCUGGAGCAAAUAUCUUCUACCAGCUGGCGAAUCUGCGUUCCUUUCUGGUGCUGUACGCAGUCGUACUCUCACACCAUAUCUCCCGACUACCGUCAAGCUAGCACAAACGAUCCAAGAGCGUGAAAGACUACUCCAAGGCGGUAGGGUCCUUCUCGUCAGUGCAGGAGCAGGCGGCAGGAAGUGGGAAGCCAGGCGAGCUUACGCUUUCCUCACCGUCGCUCUAGGCGCCAGUGUCGUUCGCAGAGUCUCUGGGCUCGAUUCCGCCAAACGCAUUCUCGAUUCUGAAGAAGGAUGGGGCUGGGUAUACGUCGAAGGCACUAUCGAAGAAGCGGAAAAUAUACUCUUCCGCAAUGGCAGUGUUGAAGACGGGGGAACUGCGAAGAAAGGACGUAAGAGGAAGAGAGAGGAUGAUGGCAAGGAGAAGAUGGUUGCGAUUGGUCGAGAUGGCAAGGUCAGGAUCGUGGGCGAUGAGUUUGUGGUUCAGAGUCUGAUUCUGGGGGACUUGAUGUUGUGA